AUGAUGAAAAACGGUGCGGUUUUGUGCUUGUGUUUGUGCCUCUGUAUUUCGGUCAGAUUGAUCCUUAUUUUACUAUUUCCUCAGUUAGGAUCGAUAUUAGAUCAAACUGUACAGUUCUCUACUCCAGUGACCUCUUUUAAGUCGUUAAAAGAAGGUUUAUUCCUGCUGAACCAUUCCAUGGGUCUAUAUGAAGGUGGUGUAGUCUAUUUACCCCCAUUAUUAUUGCAAUUUGUGAAUUUGUUUCAAAUCGGAGGUGGAUCUCAGCUUGUGGCGUCUUUAUUAUUCAUAUUUCUAGACUGUUUGCUUGUAUGGCAGCUUUAUUCUUUGGAAAUGCACUUGAACCAAACUUCGAAUUGUGCAUGGAUCUUUGCCUUGAACCCACUCACUAUAUUAUCCUGUAUCAGUAAGUCCACUAUCGUGUUCACUUAUUUGCCUUUAAUAUCAACUUUAUAUUUCAUCUCAACACAGGAGGGGGCCAACCUAGUAUUAAGUUCGUUGAUGAUGUCAGUUGCCACAUAUCUAGAUCCAAUAAUGGGGAUUUUAUUGGUUCCAACAUUGAAUUUCAUUAUUAACAAAUUUAUGCGAUCUAUUAAUAGAUCCCUUUUUUACCUGGUGAAUUUCGUUAUCUGUCUUCUUUUAUUAUACUGGACCUCUCCGUUCCCCUUGUCUAUAGUCUAUGGUACACGAUUGAAUUUCAGCAACGUGGUACCUAAUAUGGGGCUAUGGUGGUAUUUCUUUAUUGAAAUGUUUCAGGAGUUCAUUCCAUUCUUCAAAUCGGUGUUCAAUCUGUUUUCAAUAUGUAUGGUAAUUCCUUUGACUGUAAGAUUCAAUAACUGUACAGAAGGGAACGGGAGGAACAAACCGUUUCCAUUGUAUUGUUGGAUCAUAUCUCUUGGCUGGGUGAUUCUGACCAAGCCAUAUCCAACGUUGGGUGAAACAGGGAUGUUCUUGUCGUUGUUGCCUUUGUUGGAUAUAAAUCAGACAUCGAUACUAAGAUACAUGAGAUAUCCGAUGUUAAUAAUAUUACUGUUUUUGCAUUCGAUCCUAUUGUCGCCGAUCUUUUAUCAUCUGUGGAUAGAUCUAGGGUCAGGGAACUCCAAUUUCUUCUAUGCUAUAUCUUUGGUGUACAACCUUGCCCUGGGUCUAUUGAUAUCUGAUAUCACAUGGGGGGUACUAAGAUUAGAAUACGAUGGUGGGAGACCAAAUUACGCAAGGAAAUUGACACAAGUCUGA